GGUAGGCGGUGUCUGUUUCGGAGGGAGAAAGGGCCGUAUAUGUGAAUGCAUGGUCGUCGAACCGCCUUCCGUGCAGUCACUUUGUCACUCGCGAUAGGUUUUGUUGCCGCGGUAAUCGGAGCACGAUGAAGCACGGACGAUGUGUUUUAUUCGCCGUUGCUUCGCUACUGCUCGCCGGAUUUAUGGUGAUCACCAACACCGACCUCACUCACUCCAUCAUCACUGCAGAGCGAACGCGAUCCGAUACUCAUGCGUCAAUGGUGCAACACGUCAACGACGGCCUCAGAGAGCGGCAGCGCGACACUGGCGCCAUCUAUGAGCGGCAGCGCGACACCAGCGCCAUCUACGAGCAGCGGCGAGACGACGUGCGGCGCGUCUGUGCGCAGCGGUACGCCAACGUCACGUUCGGCGGCAAGUUCAACUAUCGCACGCAGACGUACGCCGACGACGCGCACAGAAUCGCCUACUGCGCUAUCCCCAAGGUCGCCUCGACCAGCUGGAAGCGGAUACUGCUCGCCGUGAACACAGCGGCGGCAUCCCCGCGCGAUGACGUCAUCGUCAACGCCGAGAGGCUGGAUCGCAUGGCGGGCUUCAACGUGCAUCGGCGCGUCAUGACGACGGGAGUGCUGCGUCAGCUGUACACGCUCGACGCACGCGCCGAGUCCGACGUCAUGUAUGACUAUAAGAAGUUGAUUUUCGUGCGACACCCGUUCAGUCGUCUGCUGAGCGCUUACCGAGACAAACUCGACCACGACGACGACAUCGGCAAAUUCGAGAAGCAUCGACGCGCCAUCGCCGCCAACGCCGGCCGCGCGGUCGCCGACGGCGACGAUCGUCGCGUUACCUUUCGGGAGUUUUUGCAAUAUCUCGUCGACUCCGAGCCGAGGCUGUUCAACGAGCACUGGGCGUUGUUCGCCCACCUGUGCAGUCCGUGCGUUGCCGACUACCAUUUCGUCGGCAAGUACGAGAACAUGGAGAAGGAGAGCGGCGACUUUCUGGCGGCGGCGGGGAUCGAUGGCGCCGUGAAACUGUCGGGAAAAUAUUUGUUCGUCUCCCACAACGACACCAGCGCCGAGAAGCUGCUGAUGCGCUACUAUGGCGCCCUCCCGCGGGAACUCGUUGCGAAGGUGUACGAGACUUAUCGGCCUGAUUUUCUCAUGUUCGGCUACAAGGUGCCCGAGUUCCUGAGCGCGGGAUGACGAUGAUGCUACAGCGAGCAUCGUUAUAUCGUGUAUACUGGUGUGUGCGUGCGUGCGUAUGUGCGCGUGUGUGUGUGCGCGCGCGCGUGUGUGUGCGUGUGUGCA